ACCUCGCCCCGCCCUCUCGCUACCGCUACGUCUACGCACACCCACCUACCCAAAUAACUACCUCCACCUCGUCGCCGAGAACCACCAGCCUUCCCUAACCCCCACCACCGCACGCGUAAGGCGAUGGCAGUGGAGGCCAUGGCGGAGAAGGUCGCCGGCGCCGCCGGAGGAGUGGCCCCGGACAGCAGCGUCGGCGCUGGCGGCGAGAGGCUGUCCUCCCGGUUCCGCCGGAUCUGCGUCUACUGCGGCAGCGCCAAGGGCCGCAAGGCGAGCUACCAGGACGCCGCCGUGGAGCUCGGCCAGGAGCUGGUGGAGAGGGGCAUCGACCUGGUCUACGGAGGAGGCUCCAUUGGCCUCAUGGGCCUCGUCUCCCACGCAGUUCAUGAUGGAGGACGCCAUGUGAUUGGGGUCAUCCCCAAGUCCUUGAUGCCCAGAGAGGUCACUGGAGAGCCUGUUGGGGAAGUUAGAGCCGUCUCCGGCAUGCAUGAGAGGAAGGCCGAGAUGGUUCGGUUCUCUGAUGCUUUUAUCGCUUUGCCUGGUGGCUACGGCACAUUGGAUGAGCUGCUCGAGGUCCUCACCUGGGCCCAACUAGGAAUCCACAAGAAGCCGAUCGGGCUCCUGAACGUUGAUGGGUUCUACAACUUCUUCCUGUCGUUCAUAGACAUGGCCGUCAGCGAGGGGUUCAUCAAGGAGGAUGCCCGGCGCCUCGUCAUCUCAGCCCCUACCGCCAAGGAGCUAGUUCUGAAGCUCGAGGAGUAUGUCCCGGAGUAUGAGGUCGGGUUGGUGUGGGAGGAUCCGAGCCAGAUCCCGCAUGGCUUCACGCCGGAGCUGGAGUCCGGCAUUGCGACGUCCUGACCGGUUCCGGAUUCUAACCAGCCGCAGAAGCCGAAUUCAUCCUGGAAGCGUUUGUCAACCAGGCCAACUAAGUAGUAAGUAGUAGCAACAUCUAACUGAAAACCACCAAAAAAAAAGAAGGAAGAAGAAGAAGAAGAUCCAACCGGUGUGCUGGUCCCUGUCAAUGGUUUGCUUUUGUCACUGCCAGUGCCAUGACGGUGUUAGCAUUAAUCAGGAGUGCGCUUAAUUUGGUGAUGGUGUUCUUUUGGUCGUAGCUUAAUUAGCUAGAGCUUGUUCUGGUCUAGCCUAGAAGGAAGGAAUUGGAUGAUGUAUAAAUGUGUUAUGUAGCAGCAGCAGAUGUGUCUCCCUCCGUGUUGGUUAGUAUUAGUAUCAAUCAAGAAUGAAAAAAUUUGUCUCCC